ACACUAAAAGGGAAGCGUGGUUAGCGACCGGUGCAAGCAAAUGAUCGCCAACAACAGUGAUUAAUUACUCGCCAUUCUUUAAUUAUAUAUCAUUAGUUCUGGUAAUCAAACUGUUGAGAGGUUGAAGGCCACAUUGAGCGGCGGCGAGAGGGCGGAGGGUAUGGCGGCGGCGGCGGCGGAGGAGGAGCAGCAGCUCGUGAAGGCGGAGAUGGCGGUGCACCCGCUGUGGGAGCAGCUGCUGGGGGCCCACGUCGGAUGCCUGCGCGUCGCGACGCCCACCGACCACCUCCCGCUCAUCGACGCGCAGCUGGCGCAGUCGCACCACCUCGUACGCUACUACGGAGCUGCCGCCGGCCGCCUCCGUCAUCCGGUGCUAUCCCCCCAAGACAAGCAGGAGCUCGAUGCCUUCUUGGCGCAGUAUGCGAUGCUACUGGGCUCGUUCCGGGAGCAGCUGCAGCAGCACGUACGGGUGCACGCCGUGGAGGCGGUCAUGGCGUGCAGAGAGAUGGAGCAGUCUCUGCGAGUCCUCACAGGAGUGACACUCGAAGAAGGGUCGGGAGCAACUAUGUCGGACGACGAGGAUGAACUCGGGCCGGCGGAUUGCCCCAUGGAUGUGGCGGUGGAGGGGCAUGACAUGGUAGGACUCGGCCCACUUCUUCCCACAGAAUCUGAGAGGUCCCUAAUGGACACAGUACGACAGGGAUUGAAGAUUGAACUGAAACAGGGAUUUAGGUCGAGAAUUGAGGAUGUAAGAGAAGAGAUACUUCGAAAGAGAAGAGCUGGGAAGUUGCCAGGCGACACCACUUCAAUUCUGAAGCAAUGGUGGUUACAAAAUUCUAAAUGGCCAUAUCCAACUGAAGACGACAAAGCUAAAUUAGUCGAGGAGACGGGCUUGCAGCUAAAGCAAAUUAACAAUUGGUUCAUCAAUCAGCGAAAGCGCAAUUGGCACAGCAAUUCUCAAUCAGCAACAACCCUCAAGUCUAAACGCAAAAGGUAACAAAAACAAGAUUAACCAAGAAGAUUCCCAUAACUUGAUGAUGUUCUAUUUACUCUACUAUCGAUUAUGUCUUGAUCUUCAAGGGCAAACUGUAUAAGAAUUCAGUAAUUGAUUUAUCACAUAUAAUUUGAUUC